AUGAGCACUUGCAAGCUUUUGCUGAUUUCCGCGCCCCGAUUCAUGCAGAGCGGCAUCAUACCGAAUGUCGAUUUGUUUCAGUGCCAGAACGAUGACCCCACCGACAAAAGAACCAUGGGCAGCAGGUAUACUAUUACCUGUGUGAGCGGCCUGUCCACUGCCGUCCGGCCCAAUCAUGGCAAUGUUUUGGUGCCGUGGACUCGGCGCGCGCGGCAUUGGAGAGCCUCCCGGCGGCCUGUGGCAUCAGACGCACCCCCCCUCAGCCUGCCAGGGCUCACAAAACUGGGCAAGCCUGCAUGUUGA